UUCACUUUCAGCAAAACCAUCAAUAAAGUUUACAACUUUUUGGCUCAAAAUCCAUCAUAGCAUAAACUAGAAUGGUGAACAUCAAUGGUAAAGAAAAGACGAAACGAGGCUCACACUCGACCAAAGUAAAGGAAAAGGAGUGCACGAACAGUGUCCCGUUUUAUAAGUUGUUUGCCUUUGCGGAUUCUAAAGAUCACUUAUUGAUGAUAGUGGGCACCAUUGGUGCCAUUAGUAACGGAGUAUGCACGCCAAUCAUGACUAUCCUUUUAGGCGACCUUGUUAAUGCUUUUGGUGAGAACCAAAACAACAAUAACGUGGUUCAUGUUGUUUCCAAGGUAUCUCUGAAAUUCCUUUACCUAGCUGUUGGGACCGGCGUUGGAUCAUUCCUUCAGGUAGCAAUGUGGAUGGUAACCGGAGAACGGCAAGCUGCAAGAAUAAGGAAUAUGUAUCUAAAAUCAAUAUUAAGACAAGAUGUUUCCUUCUUUGACAAGAACACAAAUACAGGUGAAGUUAUUAGCAGGAUAUCAGGCGAUACUGUCCUCAUGCAAGAUGCAAUGGGGGAAAAGGUUGGAAAAUUCAUACAACUAACGGCAACAUUUUUGGGAGGCAUCGUGGUAGCACUCUUUAAAGGAUGGCUUCUUACGCUUGUGUUGUUAAUCUCAAUUCCUAUUAUGGUGAUAUCUGGUGGAGUUAUGUCGGCAAGGAUAUCGAAGAUGGCUUCACAAGGGCAAAGUACUUAUGCUAAAGCGGCCAAUGUAGUCGACCAAACACUUGGCUCGAUAAGGACGGUUGCUUCUUUCGUUGGGGAGAAAAAAGCACUUGCAGAUUACAAUAAUGCCCUUAUGGAUGCUUAUAAUUCUGGUGUCAAUGAAGGCCUGGCUGCUGGCCUUGGUCUAGGAUCCCUGGUGUUGAUCAUGUACUGUAGUUACGCGAUGGCGGUUUGGUAUGGUGCCAAAUUGGUGCUAGAAAAAGGCUACACCGGUGGGACAGUGGUUAACAUAAUCUUGGCUUUGGUUACCGGAUCCACGUCUCUUGGGCCAGCAUCUCCCUGUUUGAGUGCAUUUGCUUCGGGUCAGGCUGCAGCAUUCAAGAUGUUUGAAACCAUAAACAGAAAACCCGAAAUAGAUUCAUAUGACACAAAAGGGAAAGUAUUAAACGAUAUUCGUGGUGAUAUAGAAUUAAAAGAUGUGUGUUUUACAUAUCCAGCAAGGCCUGAUGAAGAAAUAUUUAGCGGGUUCUCUCUUUGCAUCCUGAGUGGGACGACUGCAGCAUUGGUUGGUCAAAGUGGAAGCGGAAAGUCAACGGUAAUCAGCCUAAUAGAGAGAUUUUAUGAUCCUCAAGCAGGGGAAGUUCUUAUUGAUGGUAUUAAUCUCAAAGACUUCCAAUUAAAAUGGAUUAGACAGAAAAUGAGUCUCGUUAGCCAAGAACCAGUUUUGUUUACAUCCAGCAUUAAGGAUAAUAUUAUGUACGGGAAAGAUAAUGCAUCUAUGGAUGAGAUUCGAGCAGCAGUCGAUCUCGCAAAUGCUGCUAAAUUUAUCGAUAAACUACCACAGGGAAUGGACACCAUGGUUGGUGAGCAUGGAACACAACUAUCUGGAGGACAGAAGCAAAGAAUUGCUAUAGCCAGAGCCAUUCUUAAAGAUCCUAGAAUCCUUCUUUUGGAUGAAGCAACAAGUGCACUCGAUGCAGAAUCUGAGAGAGUUGUUCAAGCGGCAUUGGACCGGAUAAUGAUCAAUAGAACAACCGUCAUUGUUGCACAUCGAUUAAGCACGGUCAGAAAUGCCGAUAUGAUUGCGGUCCUUCAUCAAGGCAAGAUAGUUGAGAAAGGAUCCCAUUCUCAGCUACUCCAGGAUCUUGAAGGAGCAUAUGCUCAACUUAUAAGACUGCAACACGCUAAUAACGAUUCAAUAAGCCAUGGCUCGGAGGAUCAAGAAAUCUCUAUGGAACUCACAACAACGUCGAGUCAAAAGAUACCCCAUCUGCCGUUAUCUAGCGGCAGCCACCACUCGAUGGAAGAGGAAGCGGUAUCAAAAAAGCCUCCUGAAGUCCCACUCCGCCGCCUUGCUUAUCUCAACAAGCCAGAGCUACCAAUACUCAUAAUGGGAGCAAUAGCUGCAAUUACUAAUGGUGCAGUCUUACCAACUUUUGGCAUACUGAUUUCUAACAUGAUCAAGACGUUUUACGAACCGUCACAUAAAAUGAAAUCAGACUCAAAAUUCUGGGCUAUAAUGUUCAUACUUCUGGGAGUGGUAUCAUGUAUUUCUCUUCCAGCAAGAACGUAUUUUUUCUCUGUUGCCGGGUGUAAACUAAUAAAAAGGAUGAGAUCAUUAUGCUUUGAGAAAGUGAUCAACAUGGAGAUUGGUUGGUUCGAUAAGCCGGAAAACUCGAGUGGUGCAAUUGGUGCACGGCUGUCUGCGGAUGCAGCCAGUGUUCGUGGUUUGGUUGGUGAUGCACUCGCUCAGCUCGUUCAAGAUUUAUCUUCUGUUGUUUCUGGUUUAACCAUUGCCUUCGCAACUUGCUGGCAGUUGGCUUUCAUAAUUCUUGCUCUCAUUCCCUUGGUAGUAGCUGACGGGUUUGUUCAGUUGAAAUCUACAAAAGGGUUUAGUGCUGAUGCUAAGAUGAUGUAUGAGGAAGCGAGCCAGGUGGCAAGUGAUGCGAUUGGAAGUAUAAGGACUGUAGCAUCUUUUUGCGCUGAAGAGAAAGUGAUGCGGGUUUAUAGAGAUAAAUGUGCAGGUCCCGAAAGAAUGGGGAUAAAACAAGGUUUGAUUGCGGGGGCCGGGUUUGGAGUAUCGUGUUUCUUACUUUUUUGUGUGUAUGCAGCCAGCUUUUACGCCGGAGCUUGGCUUGUUGAGGCGGGAACAACUACAUUCCCUAAAGUUUUCCGGGUAUUCUAUGCUUUGACGAUGGCAGCAAUGGCAGUGUCUAAUUCGGGCAAGUUUGCCCCGGAUACAAGUAAAGCCAAGUGUUCGGUUGCAUCGGUAUUUGCCAUUCUUGAUCGCGAGUCAGAGAUAGACCCAAGUGAUGAAUCCGGAAUGAUAUUACAACAUGUAAAAGGGGAAAUCGAGCUUCGUCAUGUUAGUUUUCGGUAUCCAACCAGACCUAAUGUCGAGAUAUUUCGUGAUCUAUGCUUAACCAUCAAUAGUGGCAAGACAGUUGCAUUGGUUGGGGAGAGCGGAAGUGGGAAAUCGACGAUUAUUUCACUCCUACAAAGAUUUUACAAUCCGGGUUCGGGUUGUAUCACUAUGGACGGAUACGAGUUACAUAAGUUCCAACUCAAGUGGCUCAGACUGCAGAUGGGCCUAGUGAGCCAGGAACCGAUCUUGUUCAAUGACACCAUCCGAGCCAACAUUGCUUACGGAAAAGAUGGUGAUGCAACCGAGGCGGAAAUACUAGCUGCUUCAGAGUUGGCCAAUGCCCAUGGGUUCAUCAGUGGCUUACACCAGGGUUAUAAUACAAUGGUAGGGGAAAGAGGAGUCCAAUUGUCAGGUGGACAGAAACAGAGAGUGGCAAUUGCUAGAGCCAUUGUCAAGAGUCCCAAAAUACUACUGCUAGAUGAGGCCACUAGUGCACUUGAUGCGGAGUCAGAAAAAGUGGUUCAAGACGCGUUGGAUAGGGUCAUGGUUAACCGGACCACACUUGUGGUGGCUCAUCGGCUGUCAACCAUUAAGGGUGCGGACCUCAUUGUUGUGGUUAAAAAUGGAGUCGUUGUUGAGAAAGGAAAGCAUGAAGAACUAAUUAAUAUAAAGGACGGAUCGUACACAUCUUUGGUCACAGCAAUUCAUUCGACCUCUGAAAACUUCAAAAAUUUGUGAAAUGUGCUGUGUUAUUUCAUGUUUGCCUAUUUGGGAUUGCUUAUCCAACCUCCUCAUUAAAUUAUCUAAACUGCUUAUCAGUUUUGAAAUAAACAGUUUCAAGCAAUCAAUUAUAGCCUGUUGAAGGGUAAAGCUUUUACAACAA